AUGCAGUGUCUGCUGAACCAAGCAGGAAAUGAAAGUAUACGUCACGAGGUGCAGCCGGCUUUGGCUCUGGUUCAGAGGGACGACAGGACCCACGGACUGGUCACUGCAGAGCCGCUGGUCAGCCGGGGGAGGAAGAAGAUGAAGAUGAAGAUGAAGCUGCUUAAUGCUCCCAUGGCGAUGAUACACCUCCACUCGUCCCUACUACACCACCACUCGUCCCUACUACACCACCACUCGUCCCUACUACACCACCGGGUCCCCCCUACACCACUGUCCCUACUACACCACCACUGUCCCCUACUACACCACCCCCGGCCAACCCCUACACCACUCUCCCCCCACCACUACACCACCACUCGUCCCUACUACACCACUCGUCCCUACUACACCACCACUGGUCCCUACUACACCACCCGUAGAUACACCUCCACUGGUCCCUACUACACCUCCACUCGUCCCUACUACACCACCACUGGUCCCUACUACACCACCACCCGUAGAUACACCUCCACUGGUCCCUACUACACCUCCACUCGUCCCUACUACACUACCACCCGUAGAUACACCCCCACUGGUCCCUACUACACCACCACUCGUCCCUACUACACCCCCACUGGUCCCUACUACACCACCACUCGUCCCUACUACACCCCCACUCGUCCCUACUACACCACCACUCGUCCCUACUACACCCCCACUCCUCCCUACUACACCACCACUCGUCCCUACUACACCCCCACUCGUCCCUACUACACCACCCCCCGUUCCUGGACCACAGCACCUCCUACUAGAGGUGUGUCCGUGUGUCUGCGUUACCUGACCGAAUAUCAAGCAGACAUCCCCAAAAUCUUCACACUCAGUCCAUCCGGCAGAAGGCCUCUGCAAAUGGGAGUCAGUUCUUCAGGGUGGUACAAACUAUCCUUUGACAGAUAUGGUUAUUACAACCUGUACUUGCAACCUUACAUAAGGUUCUCGCCACACAUCUAUUCGGAAAUCUGGACCAGAGUCUGCCUCACUGUGGACACCAUGAAGAAUGUGGCCCAGGUGUUCAGCGAUUGGAGCAUGAGCAUCAAGAAGAUGCUGUUUACUAAUUAUGUCUGGUCAGGUGAGCCUGUGAUUGAUUUUUCAGGUUUUGAUGGUCAGGUGACAGGUGUCCAGGUCUGGGAUUAUCCUCUCAACUACAGAGAAGUCUUCAACUACAUGAACAACGGUAGCUACGGGUCUUACUCUGGCUCCGCCCUCUCCUGGUCCUACAUCAGCUACUCCCCCAGAGGAAACGUCCUGUUGGAGGACGCCUAUCAACCGCAGUGGCAGGACCAACAGCCAAUCAGACGCAGCAAGGACAGGAAAUGGAGUCGGCCAAAGGGAGAGAAGAAGAAAAAGAGCGAGAACGGCUUUAAUGAAAAACACAACGCCAGGCGACAAAGGCUGUAGUCUCCGUUUUUCACUUAAUAAUAAAGAAAGUAUCAAUCAAGCAACAAUUAAAGGUACAAUAUGUAACACUUCUGCUUUAAAAUGUCUAAAAACGACCAUUCCUACGUUAUAUAUUUUU